CAACUUGUAAUUCCUUUUCAGAUCUGCAUGGCGUAGUCAAAGAAUCCAUAGGUUGAAGAAGGUUGAAGAAAUAAUUUGUUUCAUAGAUAAUUUGCAAAGGACACAACAACAUUCAUCAUGCCACAGAACGAAUAUAUUGAAAGACAUCGGAAACUGUAUGGGCGGCGUUUGGAUUAUGAAGAGAGAAAAAGAAAAAGGGAGGCUCGUCAGCCACACAAACUAGCAGAACGUGCUCGUACUUUGCGUGGUCUAAAAGCAAAGAUUUUUAAUAAGGAGCGGCGGAAUGAAAAAAUUCAAAUGAAAAAGAAAAUUAAAUCUCAUAUGGAACAAAAAGUAAAAGAAAAAGAAAACAAAGUACCACAAGGAGCAUUGCCUGUAUAUUUGUUAGAUCGCGAUGUUAAAAAAGAUGCAAAAGUAUUGUCAAAUAUGAUAAAACAAAAACGUAAAGAAAAAGUUGGCAAAUGGGAUGUACCAAUACCUAAAGUUAAAACACAAUCUGAAUCUGAAGUUUUCAAAAUAAUGAGAACUGGAAAAUCUAAACGAAAAUGUUGGAAAAGAAUGGUAACAAAAGUCACAUUUGUUGGUGAGAACUUCACCAGAAAACCACCAAAAUUUGAAAGAUUCAUUAGGCCAAUGGCAUUGCGUUUUAAAAAGGCACAUGUUAGUCAUCCAGAAUUGAAAGCUACAUUUUGCUUACCAAUCAUUGGAGUUAAGAAAAAUCCAAGCUCACCUAUGUAUACAACUUUAGGUGUUAUUACUAAAGGAACUAUCAUUGAAAUAAACAUUUCCGAAUUAGGCCUUGUAACUCAAUCUGGAAAAGUAGUUUGGGGAAAAUAUGCUCAGGUUACAAAUAAUCCUGAAAAUGAUGGCUGUAUUAAUGCUGUACUACUUGUAUGA